UCUACAGGUCGACUUUACUCUCACGAUUUGUACUGCGCAUGUGCUCGAUUUAUAGAAUCGCGUUGGAGAGUGAUUGAUUUAAAUAUGGAUUAUUUUGUGUUGUAUGUACAAAUUCAAGAAUUUCUCUUAAAAAGAGAAAUUCCCGACAAUCCCACAGAGCGUCGGAAGGUGAAACGGGCGUCUACGAAUUUCGCUAUUAAAGACGACAGGCUCUUCUGCAUCGGUCCUAGUAGGCAGUACAUGCGGCUAGUUGUCCUGUCAGAGGAAGAGAAGAGGUCUGUUCUAAUGGAGUGCCACAAUAACCCUGGGACUGGCAAUCACAGUGGUGUCAGAGGCACUCAAAACAGGGUUAUUGUUGGCUACUAUUGGCCUACAAUUGUCCAGGAUGUGAAAGAAUGGGUAAUGUACUACAUUGGUGGUACUUUUACUUUCUUAUUUUUCUUUUACUUUCUUUACAAGUAUCUAUACUUAAGAAUGUGUCUAUUUUUGCCACCGCUGAUUGUUCGAUACCUCCUUGAUUUAGAAGUUAUAUUUAUUGUCAUCACCAACUUGUAUCAACUGGAUAUUUUUCUAGACAUUUUGUUAAAAAUUAUUUUUGCUUUUUAGGUCAGAUCUUGUCACCGCUGCCAGUUGAAUGACCCCAUCAAGGCUGUUGUGCCAGUCUUGCAUUCCAUUAAGGUACUGCGUACAAUAAUUUAGCAUACUGAUGAGAUUAACAAGCUAGUCUCAAGCUUGUGUACAGUUUUCCCAGCAUUUGGCUGAUGCUAAUUUUGCCAUAUUUAGGUUGAGACUAAAGAUAAUUCAUUUACUGGCCUUGUUCCAGGCAUGUUGUUUGGUUACAUUUCCAAAAGGAGCCUCGUUCUCAGGCUUCAAGAUCAUAUAAGAGCCUCGUUCUCAGGCUUCAAGAUCGUAUAAGAGCCUCGUUCUCAGGCUUCAAGAUUGUAUAGGAGCCUUGUUCUGAGGCUUCAAGAUUGUAUAAGAGCCUCGUUCUCAGGCUUCAAGAUUGUAUAAGAGCCUCGUUCUCAGGCUUCAAGAUUGUAUAAGAGCCUUGUUCUCAGGCUUCAAGAUCAUAUAGGAGCCUUGUUCUGAGGCUUCAAGAUCGUAUAAGAGCCUCGUUCUUAGGCUACAGAACUGAUCAUUUAAUUACACGUUUAUUUUGUGUUUUCUUUGGAAUGCCAGACACAUUGCAACCUUCACUGACCCAGGAUCCUGGACUGAAAAAACAGGAAGAGACCUUGAGUUUUUUCCUCAACAGUGUUCAGGGAAUUCCUGUGGUGUGUGUCUACAUGCUGAUGUAUGCUCUCAGCACCUGUACAUCAUGUCCAUUAACAUUCACAGAGGAGGAGGUGCCAUUGAUUCGCCAGUGGUGGUGUAUUCAGCUGAUGGAGAGGUUUUGGCUAGAAGGUUAUGGACCGAGAUUUGCAUACUGGACAGAAGAAGCAUCCCAACUCCUUCAGGGAACCCUUGAGCCUGUCUUUAGGGUGUCCAAAUCCACCACCACAAACCUGUUGCCCAGCAGAAGAGUUGUGGUUGAAGAGAACGCUGAUAAGGUGCAACAGCCGGACAUUGUAAAAGACCUUCAUGCAGCUUGGCACUGGGUUCACAAUCACAGAGACUUAUUCCAUGGGGAUGUGAGAGAGCCUGCAUUUCUGCAAAUGAACAGGGAUGAACAACAAAAUGCCCUCAGGAAGGUCCUGGGGGGUGAAUUCUCCAAUACAAAGGAUGAAUUUUUGUUUAUAUUUCAGUGUCAAGAGGACAUGGAAGUAUUUUUGUCAUACUGUGUUGAUGAACAAGGCUUGAAGGUCAAUGCCAUGUUCCAGUGGUGAGUCAGUGAGGGAUGGAAGCAA